GCUGCUGUUCCCCUCACCUCGUCUUGUGGACCCCUUUCGCGCUCGCCUCCAUCAGCGACAACAUUCUUGUGCGAGCCACACUGAGACAGGAUGGGUAUCAAAGGCCUCACCGCGCUCCUCGCCGAGCACGCACCCAAAGCGUUCCAGGAACAUGAAAUGAAGACGCUUUUUGGGCGCAAAGUGGCAGUAGACGCGUCCAUGUCCAUCUACCAGUUCCUCAUCGCCGUACGUCAGAAGGACGGAGAGCUGCUCACGAACGAUGCCGGAGAGACCACAAGUCACCUUAUGGGCUUCUUCUACCGGACCAUCCGGAUGGUAGAGAACGGCAUCAAGCCUGCAUACGUGUUUGACGGCAAGCCGCCAGAGCUUAAGUCCGGCGUGCUGUCCAAACGUUUCGAGAAACGCGAAGAAGCAAAGGAGGAUAACGAGGAGGCGAAAGAGACGGGCACGGCAGAGGACAUGGACCGCUUCUCCCGUAGGACCGUCAAGGUCACGCGCGAGCACAACGAGGAGUGCCGUAGGCUGCUCGGCUUGAUGGGCAUCCCCUUCGUUGUCGCGCCCUCAGAGGCGGAGGCGCAGUGCGCAGAGCUCGCACGCGGGGGCAAGGUGUACGCGGCGGGCUCGGAGGACAUGGACACGCUCACGUUCGGCGCGCCGAUCCUUUACCGCCAUCUCACCUUCUCUGAGGCGCGCAAGACUCCCAUCAGCGAGAUUAACCUGCAAAAGGCCCUCGAGGGCCUCGAGAUGAACAUGUCGCAGUUCACCGAGUUGUGCAUCCUGCUCGGGUGCGACUACCUCGAGCCUAUCAAAGGUGUCGGCCCGAAGUCGGCACUCAAGCUCAUUCGCGAGCAUGGCUCACUAGGAAAGAUCCUCGAACACCUGAAAGAAAAAGCUGCUGAGAAGGAAGAGGCGGCCGAGGAGGGCAAGAAGAAGAAAGGCGGCGUCCAGAUCCCCGAGGAGUGGCCCUGGGAGCAGGCGAAGGCCAUCUUCCUGAAACCAGACGUCACGCCUGCGGAUGAGCUCGAGCUCGAGUGGAAGAGCCCUAACGUCGACGGGCUCGUCGACUUCCUUGUCCGGGAGAAGGGAUUCAAUGAGGAGCGCGUCCGGAAGGGCGCGGAGAAGCUGGCGAAGUUCCUGAAUGCGAAACAGCAGGGCCGCCUAGACGGGUUCUUUACGGCCAAGCCGAAGGCGUCGCCCAAGAAGAGCGACAAGCCGGCGGAGAAGGGCAAAGGCAAGGGCACGAAACGCAAGCAGGCAGAUGACAAGGACAAGAAAGAAGCGGGGAGCAGCAAGAAGACGAAGAAAAAGUAG